AUGGCAAGCCAUCAACUGUUGCUAAGCUUGUGCAGUUGUUUUGCUGGAGGAGUUUUUCUUGCUGCUUGCUUACUGGAUGUCCUACCAGAUUAUCUUUCUGGUAUUAAUGAGGAGCUGAAAAAACUGCAAGUUAAUAUGACCUUUCCACUUCCAGAGUUUGUCAUAGCACUUGGUUUUUUCCUGCCUCUCAUCAUUGAGCGAAUAGUUCUGGAGUGCCGUGGCAGCAGUUUGAGUGAGACCACCUCUCUUAUUGCACAUCGUACUCCAGCAGCAACCCACUGCGCUGAUGAUGACAUUAACCACCGUAUACAGAUAAACUACAACAGUGUGGAAACUACAGAUUACCACGAUCACAUUGAUGUCAAUGCCUAUCCUGCUUUCCGUUCUUUUAUUCUCUUCCUUUCUCUAUCCUUACACUCUCUAUUUGAAGGUUUGCCCAUUGGUCAACAGCAGACAGAGUCAAAGGUUUUGCAGAUCUUUUCUGCCAUUUUAAUUCAUAAAAGUAUAAUUGUUUUCAGCUUGGCUCUGAAGCUUAUACAGAGCAAUGUGCCACAAGGCUCUGUGAUAUUAUAUAUUAUCAUCUUGGCAAUAAUGUCCCCUUUGGGUAUUGUGAUUGGCAUUAUAAUCACACAGGUCAAGUCAGCCAGCACUGUCCUGGCACAGAGUAUCCUUGCAGGGAUCACUGCAGGAACAUUCAUUUAUAUCACAUUUUUAGAAAUUUUACCUCAUGAAUUAAAUUCCUCUGAUCAACGACUGUUGAAGCUUUUGGGCAUUAUCUUUGGUUUCUCAAUAAUGACCAUGCUGUCCUUCAUACCUUAA